AUGGAAGGGGAAGGCGAAGUCGGGAGCAGCGCGCCGGCACCUGUCAAAGUGGCCGUCGUCACAGCCCCUGCUCCUGUUCAGUCGGACGCUCCAGCAACGACGAUAGCAACGACGACAGCAACGACGACGGCGACGACGACGGCAGAGCCGAGUACGACGAACACGGCCGAAACCGUAUCCUCCUCUCCCUCUUCUGACCAGAAACCCCAACAACAAACACAACCUCAACUGCCAUGCACGCCGCAGCAGCCGCAGGAGCAACAAGAACCACCACCUCCACCAUCACAACAACAGCAGCACCAGCAACAGCACCAGCCGCCACAACUGUCCCAGCCGAGCACGAACUCGAGCCCCGCACCGAACCCUCCGCCGCUCCAGAGAACGAGAGUGAUGGCGCGAGACACGUACAAUCAUCAGUCGCUGGGCGCAUCACUCAAUUCGACCGUGAAGGAGGUGGGUCUCCGUUCUCCUCGUCGAAAUCGCUCGCAUGCAACACUCUUGCAUGCCAGUGCGAACGCGCCGACGAAAGCUAACAGGUGCGUCGUCAAUCAGGUACGCGUCCUUAUGGUCGGUGCCGGCGGUAUCGGCUGCGAAUUGCUCAAGAAUCUCGUCCUCGCCGGCUUCGGCGAGGUCCACAUUGUCGACCUCGACACCAUCGACCUCUCCAAUCUGAACCGUCAGUUCCUCUUCCGCCAUGAACACAUCAAGAAGUCCAAGGCUUUGGUCGCCAAGGAUGCCGCCCAAGUCUUCAAUCCCAACGUGAAGCUUGUCGCCCACCACGGCAAUAUCAAGGAUGCCGAAUUUACCGUGUCUUGGUUCCGCGAGUUCAAAAUCGUCUUCAACGCCUUGGACAACCUCGAGGCGAGACGGCACGUGAAUAGGAUGUGCCUGGCCGCCGACGUGCCGCUCAUCGAGAGCGGCACCACCGGCUUCAACGGCCAGGCGCAAGUGAUCAAGAAGGGUGUCACGGCGUGCUAUGACUGCAGCCCCAAGGAGACGCCAAAGUCAUUUCCCGUCUGCACCAUCAGAAGCACCCCGAGCCAACCGAUUCACUGCAUCGUGUGGGGCAAGAGCUACCUCUUGAAGUAUGUCAAUUCUCCCGUCCGAUCCGACUCUCGGCCGAAGAAAGUUGCUCAUGGCAUGCACAGCGAAAUAUUUGGCGCGAGCGAAGACGAAUCGGCCUUUGACCACUCCUCCGAUGCCGAAAACGCAACGGAAAUCGGCGAGCUCAAGAGGGAGUCUGAGGAACUCAAAGCGAUCAGGGACGCCGUGGGGACGCCCGAUUUUCCUCGAUUGCUCUUCGACAAGGUCUUUCAUGAUGAUAUCGAGCGGCUUCGAUCGGUCGAGGACAUGUGGAAGUCGCGCCGGCGUCCGGACGCGCUCAGAUACGAGACGGUCAUGUCUCAGGCCAGCGAGGCGCUUGCUUCGAAGAAUCGGUGCCUCCGCGACGGCCAAAAGGUCUGGUCGUUGGAAGAAAGCCUCGUCGUCUUCAACGACAGCUUGGACCGGCUCGGCAAACGGGUGCUUCAACUCCGGGAAGCCAAGGAACCUUUGGCUCCGGAGCCCAUCAUCGCCUUUGACAAAGAUGAUGACGACACCCUCGACUUUGUCGCUGCCAGCGCAAACAUCCGGUCGACCAUUUUUGGCAUUGAUCGAAAAUCCCGUUUCGACAUCAAGCAGAUGGCGGGUAACAUUAUCCCCGCCAUCGCCACGGCGAAUGCCAUCGUGGCCGGCCUCUGCGUUUUGGAGUCGCUCAAGGUGCUCAAGGGAGAUUAUGCGCAGUCCAAAGAGGUCUUUUUGACGCCGUUUGCGUCCGCCAGACUGUUGGCGCCGGACAAAUCUCGACAGCCAAAUAUCGAAUGUCCAGUCUGCGGCGUGUUCAACACGAGCGUCGUCGUCGACCUGCGCCGGGCAACGCUCAAGGACCUUGUCGAUGACGUCGUCAGAGACAAGCUCGGCUUCGGAAACAAGGAGUUUGCCGUUAGCAACGACGUCGGCAUCAUCUACGAUGCCGACGAGACGGAAAAUCUCCCCAAGAAGCUCUCCGAACUCGGGAUCACGGGGUCCAGUUUCCUGACCGUCAUGGACGAGGAUGACGACGACGUGUUGGUCAACGUGGUCAUCGACAUCCACGAGCAGUUGGUUCCCCCAACGAGAGGCCGGAGACGCGAGCUAAUCAUGUCCAGGGCUCUGGGAGACGAUGAGGCGCCGGUCAAAGUACAUCUGAGCGAGCGUCCUGCCAUUCCGCAAAAACCGAAGAAGAAGGUGUUGCCGCAAACGACCAACGGAAACGGGCUGCAGAAUGGAAAGCGUUCCCCCGACGAAAUUGUCGAGCCCGGGCUGAAGGGGGUCAAGAGAUUGCGCGCGGACGGUGCCGAGGAGCCCAGGAAGAAGGCAAAGACGCACGAGGAGGCGGUUGAUGAUGUCGUCGUCGUCGACGAUGGCGGCGGCGGCGCCAUCGUCAUAGACGACGACUGA